GUAUAUACACACACUGGACAUUGAUCUACUACUCCUAGCUAGUUGUUCCUUUCUUCCUCUUCUAAAUGGCGGUUUUUCGUGCAACAAUAUGCUACUGCUACGACCCUUUUCUCGUUUCUCUAUUGCUACUUGUGCUAUUUCUUCCUAAUUUUCAUCAAACAGAUGCACAAAUAGGGGUGUGCAACGGACGACUGGGCAACAAUUUACCCUCCGACCAAGAAGUAGUUGAUCUCUACAAGUCCAACGGCAUUGGAAGAAUGAGAAUGUACGAUCCAAAUCCACAAACUUUACAAGCCCUCAAGAGAUCCAACAUAGAACUUGUACUUGACGUCCCUAACAGCAAUCUCCAAAGUCUCGCUAACAGUACUGCCGCCGCAUCAAAGUGGAUCCGAGACAAUGUCCUGAACUAUUAUCCGGAUGUCAAGUUCCGGAUCAUAGUCGUUGGAAAUGAGGUCGAUCCCAGCAAAGAUGUAAUGGCUCACCUUGUUCCGUUGGUGCUCCUUGCCAUGUCAAAUGUCUACGAUGCACUUGCCUCUGCUAGCUUGAAGGAUGAAAUUAAGGUUUCCACUGUAACAUACCCAGGACUCCUACGCACCUCAAUCCCUCCUUCUCAGGGCGUUUUCGAGGGCGCCUGGUUCUCAUUCAUGGUACCGAUCAUCAACUUCCUACAGAACACCAACAACCCGUUACUCGUCAACAUAUACCCCUACAUUAGCCACAUUGGUGAUCCCCAGGACGUGCCUCUUCCGUAUGCCCUUUUCACUGCCCGAGGAGUUGGUGUACAAGACGGUCAACUUUCGUAUAGGAACCUCUUUGAUGUCAUAUUGGACGCCACCUACUCUGCCGUCGAGAAGGCGGGUGGACCCGACGUGGAAAUCGUGGUGUCGGAGAGUGGAUGGCCGUCUGCGGGUGGCACUGCUGCUUCGGUGGAGAAUGCAGGGACUUAUUACAGGAAUCUUAUUAAUCACGUGAAGGGAGGGAGUCCAAAGAGGCCUGGGAGGGCUAUUGAGACUUAUUGGUUUGCCAUGUUUGAUGAGAAUAUGAAGCCUGGACCAGAGAGUGAGAGACGUUAUGGGCUCUUCUCACCCAACAAGCAGCCCAAAUACGAAAACACAUGGGCAACAACACCCCUGGUCGAAUCCCUCGUAUUAUAUUGUACUAUUUGACUGACUUGAGGCUAUGGGGAUUGGAAAGUUGUCAAAUAAUCGUUGUAACCGCAAGUAGAAUCGCUCCCGAUGAGAAUUUCGAAAGAAAUUUUGUUGAGAAUACCAGAAAGGGAAGGAGUGUUUUGUACUCUGGUUCCAUUCAAAAUUGUAUCGGCACCCAUGUGUGUUGGGACCGAUUUCUUGUCCAGUUUGCUAUUUCCCAGUCCCCUCCAGCUUUCAAAUUAAGGUUUGUCUCGAAUUCAACAAACUUAUCGGAAUCGUUGAUUUUGUAGAACCCGCUGAAGAGAGUGGUCAUUCAAAAGAUCAUUCAAAUCGGACUUCAUUUUUCUAUACAAACUAACCGCGUUUGUGCAUGAAAAAUGGGAAACCAAAUUUGGGUUGAAACUUCAACCGUCCGUUUUCCUUGCACAUGAGUGAUUCGUUCAUGCAGUAAAUUCGAUGAACUUAGAUUGGCAAAGAAGAUGUUCUUGAGGAGUUCUACAAAAUGAAAGAUUAUGAUCAUUUUUGUUAGUUACUCACUCUCUCCAGAAAGACACAUGGCGCAAGUAAUUAUUGGUGUGUUCAUGACAAAAGAAUAUACUGUAAUUUGGAUGCCAUUGUAACAGUAGG